AUGUCUUGGACCGGCCCUGCUCGAUUAUCACCCAUUUGCAAUGUUGUUUCCGUGGUAAUGGGAGAGCCAUUAAACAACUGCAAUGCUUUAGUUGAAGCUAUUCGAGUAAUGAAAACAUUCCCUUUUCAGCUUUCACCCAAGAAAAUUAUUGUCUCAAUGGUUGGAAUAAUUCAUGCAAUAAACAAGCUUCAUGGUGACUUACAAAAUAUAAACCUAGCAAUGUCUCUUCAUGCACCAGUUCAAGAUACUAGGUGUCAAAUAAUGCCUGCAGCUCGCGCUUUUCGUUUAGAAAAACUUAUGAAUGCUUUAGCAGAAUAUCAAAAGAAAAGGUAG